UAUUACAAUUUAAUGUAAAAAAAGCGAUGAAAAACCAGAAAGAUUUCAGACCGAAACCUAAAUAAUAUUGAGUAAGUUUAUUCGAAGAAGAGAUGAAGAGACAAAGAGCAAUCGAGUUAGAUCGAGUGAAGAAGACAAUGUUGAACAUAGAUUGGGACGAUGCUUUGGGCGAUGAGGAAGUUCCCGAGCUCGAGAUCAUCGCUACUGACAAAAUUCCGCCGCGUGAACCUACUCUUUCCGGCUAUGAACCCGCCGUCUCUGUGCGAUCCCUCAGGGAUAACGAACUCGACGAUCAUCUGAAGCGUCAGAGAUCACUUCUUACUCGUCUCGGUGAUAAGUUGGCAGACAAGGGCGAGAAAAUCCGAAACAGAAUCGGAGAGCUCGAGUACGAGAAGCAGCGAAGGAUGUUCCAACAACGGACCAAAAUGGUUUUGUCUUUUUUUUUUUUACUUACUCUGCAAUUGCAUCAUUCUGUUACUCAAAUGAAAGUUUUUGUGAUCUCUGUAUUUGUAGCUGAAGCUAAUUGUUCAGUGGAAUUUAGAGUUUGAUGAUGUGUGGAAGAUAAUGUAGUAUGUGUUUAGGAGGAUCAGUGGUUGAGUGUCUCGAUUGGUUCAAGAUUCUGCUAAAGCUUCUCCAUUGUUUUACAUUUUCACUUGUUUAGUAUAGUUCUGAUUUUGUUUGGUAUCUUUUUUUCCUUAUGGAUGUAUAAUACUCUGUCUCUGUUUAGACAAAAUGAUAUGAAUUGAUCUGAUACAGUGCCAUGUGACUUUACCUUGUUUUAGCAGGAUGCAGACAACGGAUGUCAGAUUCUCGAGAAACCAAAAAGCUCAGAUGUGUUUAUGCGAGCGAGUACAGCCUCAAAAGACACCUCUGGACAAGGGACUUCGGGAUCGAAAGACGUGUCUCGGUCAACAUUUGCUGCUCAUUUUAGUGACAAUCUCAAAAUGGGACCUCAACCAGUGAAACUAGUUAAUGACAAACUACAAGAUUUGGGACGUGGAAGCUGGAUAAGCAAAGCUAAUAGAGACUCAAUAAUAGAGAAAAAUAAUGUGUGGCGGUCGCUGCCAAGAUUAAGCAAGUGUAAGGUCAGUUUAAAGAACUUUUAUUCUGAGUCUAAGGAUCCUAAAGGGGAUCGAAGACCCAAUGAAGCUUAUGGUAAGGGAAAGCCAAAUGAAUCUUCCCCUUAUUUACUUGUCGACGAUGAUGAUGGCGAUGACGACAAAGUCAUUGGUUAUGAAACUCCCAGGCAUUGGAGUUUAAAAGCAUCGCCACUACAGAGUUCAAGCUGCAGGAAGAAAUCAGAUGAUAAAGUGAUUAAUUUGGAUGAAGAUGAACCUCUGUCUCCAAUGGUAGUAGAGGAAGCAUGUGAACUUCCUGAAGGGUUACCAGAAGAUAUUUACUACCCAUCAAGUGAUCAAAGUGAUGGGCGAGACCUUGUUCAAGUAUCUCUUAAAGAUCUGAAAUGCCUUUCACCUGGGGAAUAUCUUACAUCGCCAGUUAUAAAUUUCUACAUCAGGUACGUGCAACAUCACGUGUUUUCAGCUGAUAAGACUGCUGCUAAUUGUCAUUUCUUCAAUACGUUUUUCUACAAGAAGCUCACAGAAGCUGUUUCAUACAAGGGUAAUGACAGGGAUGCAUAUUUUGUGAAGUUCAGGCGGUGGUGGAAGGGUUUUGAUCUAUUCUGUAAAUCAUAUAUAUUUAUACCAAUACAUGAAGAUCUUCACUGGAGCUUAGUCAUAAUUUGCAUCCCAGACAAGGAGGACGAAUCGGGAUUGACUAUAAUUCACUUGGAUUCAUUGGGACUUCACCCAAGAAAUUUGAUUUUCAAUAAUGUCAAAAGAUUUCUGAGAGAGGAAUGGAACUAUCUAAAUCAAGAUGCUCCAUUGGAUUUACCAAUUUCAGCAAAAGUAUGGAGAGACCUUCCCAAUAUGAUCAACGAAGCUGAAGUGCAGGUUCCACAACAGAAGAACGAUUUCGACUGUGGUCUGUUUCUGCUCUUCUUCAUAAGACGUUUCAUCGAAGAGGCUCCUCAAAGGCUGACAUUGCAGGAUUUGAAAAUGAUUCACAAGAAGUGGUUUAAACCGGAAGAAGCUUCCGCUUUGAGGAUCAAAAUCUGGAACAUACUCGUUGAUCUAUUCCGCAAGGGUAACCAAACAGAUUAAAGCUGUAUAGAACAGUGUCAAGUUUGGUCACUCUAAUUAAGGAAUGAAAUGAAAGAUACGUUUUUGUUAACAAUCAUUUUGUUCAAGUCCUGUAAUAAACUAAGGAGCAUGACAUAAUCAGAACAAAUCAACAAGGUAAUAAUAACGUAUCCGAAUAAAAAGCCAACAUUGCUGC